AUAAAAAAAAAAAAAAACAACGACAAUUUGCUGAGAAAGAAGAGAGGCAAGAUACAGUCUACGUUUAUUAUUGUUUUCUUUCUCUUCAUUUCCGGAUUAUAGCUAUCUCCUUAUAUACUUUCCUCCUGGUAUUUUGUUGGUUUUUAUCUAUAGUUUUUCAUUCUUUUUCUUUUUGCUCUUGUUUUUUAGUGGAUUGUAUCUCAAAUGAUUUUAGAAGAGGGACUCAAAGGAGAGGUUUGGUGGUGUUGAAGAAGAAGUUGCAGCUAGCCUAGCCCCAAGAAACGAGAAGAGAUCAAGCAAGCAACAAUUUCAGCUUUGCAGAUGGCAACUGCCUCAUCGUCCACACUUUUCUUUGGAACCAGGGAUGAAAAUCAAAACCAGAUGAUACAACAACAAUCAUCCAUCACACCCACUUCAUCAACUGCACUUACCACUGCACCUCAGAAGAAAAAGAGAAAUCAGCCUGGAACACCAAAUCCAGAUGCGGAAGUGAUAGCACUAUCUCCCAAGACUCUAAUGGCAACAAACAGGUUCAUUUGUGAGGUAUGCAAUAAAGGGUUCCAAAGGGAGCAAAACUUACAGCUCCACAGAAGAGGACACAACCUGCCUUGGAAGCUAAAGCAGAAGACUACAAAAGAAGUGAAGAGGAAGGUUUAUCUCUGCCCUGAGCCCACUUGUGUCCACCAUGACCCUUCCAGGGCACUUGGCGACCUCACUGGCAUCAAAAAGCAUUACUCAAGAAAACAUGGUGAGAAAAAAUGGAAGUGUGAGAAGUGUUCCAAGAGGUAUGCCGUGCAAUCUGAUUGGAAAGCUCAUUCAAAAACCUGUGGCACUCGAGAGUACAGAUGUGACUGUGGCACUCUUUUCUCAAGACGUGAUAGUUUUAUCACUCACCGGGCCUUUUGCGAUGCACUGGCUCAAGAGAGUGCAAGACACCCCACCAAAUUAAGCACAUUGGGUAGUCAUCAUCUAUUUGGAAGCAAUCACAUGAGUUUAGGAAUAUCCCAAGUUGGUUCCCAAAUUCCCUCAUUACAAGACCAGAAUCGACCAUCGACUAAUAUGUUGCGGUUAGGAAGCGCUGGAGCAGCAAAAUUUGAGCACCUCAUUCCUCCAUCAAACCCUUCUUCUUUACAAAACAUGCCAACAUCUGCAUUCUUCAUGCCUGAUGCUGCGAACCAAGGUUUCCAACAAGACCAUCAGUCUCACCAUGGUCACGGACCAUAUCUAAACAAACCAUUGCAAGGGCUUAUGCAACUUCCUGACCUUCAAGGCAGUACUAACAAUCCCCCCACAUCUGCCAAUCUUUUCAAUUUAGGCUUCUUUUCCAAUAACAGUGCUGCAAGCAGCAUAUGUACCAGCGAAAAUGCCAGUGCAUCCGCCGACUUACCGAAUUCCGGAUUUUUAAGCAUUAAUCAGUUUAAUAGUGGGAAUGGUGGUGCUGGUCAAGCGACAGCAAUGUUCUCUACUGACAUGGGAGAUCAGGUGGGUUCAGGACUCUCCUCUCUUUAUAGCACUUCAAUGCAACCUGAGAACAUUUCUCCACACAUGUCAGCCACUGCAUUGCUUCAAAAAGCUGCUCAAAUGGGUUCAACUACAAUCAGCAACAAUUCCUCGUUGCUAAGGGGAUUGGGGUGUUCAUCAUCAAGUGGGACAAAAUCUGGUAGGCCAGUUUUAUCUGCUAACUUCAGUAGUAAUUUUUGUAGUGGCACUGGAGGUGAAACGGUAAGAUCACAAAUGGAGGAUGAUAGCAAUCUUCAAGGACUAAUGAACUCUCUAGCAAAUGGUAACACCUCCAUUUUCGGGGCAGGCCACGGACAAGAUCAUAGCAACUUCGGAGGGUUCAGUGAAAGUGGGAUGACACUUGAACAACAGAGCAAUAACGCCAACUUUUGCAAUGUUAAUGAGGCCAAGUUGCAUCAAAAUCUUGCGGCAAACAUAGGUGGGACUGAUAAAUUAACGUUGGAUUUUCUAGGUGUUGGAGGAAUUGUAAGAAACAUUGGUGGAGGUUUUUCGCAGAGAGAACAUGGGUUCAAUAUUAGCUCUUUGGACCCCGACGUGAAGUCAUUAGCUCAAGCAGCAAGUCAACGAUUUGGAAGUGCAAAACUUGUCUAAAAUAUAGACCAGAGGUCGAGCUAGGCACUUAGGCAAGCUAGCUUUGUAGGCUAAUAUGAAGGGAAAAAAAAAAAAAACCUUCUUUGUUUUUUGAAUUUGACGACAUGAAUUAGGGUUUUAUUCCAAAAGUGUUUUAAGGCUUACUCUAGCUUACAUUCAAUUAAGUUAUUUUCAUUUUGCCUACUCUUGUCGUUGCUUUCUGCCAUAAACGGAGAUGGUAAGAACAAACAAAAACCCUUAUUUCUCUCUUUUCCCCACAAUUAUUCUCUCAAGUACAUUUUUAUUUGUAUUCAGCAGAGUCGCUUUACAAGGAAA